UGCGCCGCCCUCAAUGAUCUCCACGUCAUACUAACAAGACCAUUAUGUAUAGGAGGGAGCUUUUGUUUCCUUGCACUCUGCACCUCUAUAAAAAGCUUCUUUUAAAAUCAAAUCUCGUUCAACAUCACAACUGCCCAAGAGGUGCAGCCUGCUCGGGGAACGCUCCUGAGCUGGGAGGGGACACGGUGUGGGGUUUUGUUUUGUUGUUGCUCGUCUCUGUCACUGACGUUGGAAGUUGGCAUCAAAACAAGGUCUCAAACUACUGACUAGAGAACAUCUCAUAAUAACGAGAGGCAAUAAAAUGAAUUCUGACUCGAGCUCUCUCUCUAGCAGAGCUUCGUCGCCAGACGUGGAUGAAAUUUAUCUGAGGGAUCAUCUGCAACACCAGGACUCCAGGAUGAACUCGGUCUCCUCCACACAGAAUGAUUUGCUCCAACAGCUCGCCCAUGAACACAGCAUCACUACCCUCAACAGAUCCGAGGACAAGUCGGGAGGCAAGUUCAAAGUGAAAAAGCAACUCUCGGAGCAAGACUUGCAGAACCUGCGGCUGAAGAUUAACGGGAGAGAGCGCAAAAGGAUGCAUGACUUGAAUCUGGCGAUGGACGGGCUCAGAGAGGUCAUGCCUUACGCCCAUGGGCCGUCAGUGCGGAAACUUUCCAAAAUCGCCACUUUGCUGCUGGCCAGAAACUACAUCCUGAUGCUGUCCAACUCACUGGAAGAAAUGAAAAGACUGGUCGGGGAGAUUUACGGCGGACAUCAUUCUGCUUUCCAUUGCGGGACAGUGGGACAUUCUGCUGGGCACCCAGGACACUCCACUUCUGCCCAUCAGGUCCACCCCAUCUUGGGCAGUGCCCUGACCUCAUCCUCUUCCUCCAUCUCGGCUUCCCUCCCGGGCAUCAGCGCGGUGAGACCUCCUCAUUCACUGUUGAAAACGUCGUCCGCGCCCCCGGUACCGUUAGGAAACACUUUUCAGCACUGGGCAGGAUUGCCAUGUCCCUGUACUAUCUGCCAGGUGCCACCGCCGCCUCACAUCUCAGCCCUGAGCACAGCCAACAUGCCAAGGCUCUCCACAGAUGGUAAAGACUUAAUGAAGUAA